AUGGUGGGGGAGCUAAAGGUACCAUGGGUACCUACUCAUGACUUCAGGCCCUACCUCUCCGACGCCACCGGCAACCGCCUCGGGUAUUUACUGGCACAACCUUUGAUGCACAUGCACGACCUCAGUUGCAAGUACGGCUUCAUGACCAAUUACUGGCAGACAAUCUUUUUGCGUCAACGACUGGUCGAUGGUGUAUGGAUGGCUGAAUAUUCGGAAAUCAAGGAGGCCAAGACAGAAUUCAACCCAGGCACCAUUGUUAGUGUCAAACAAUGCUUUUUUCACAUGGCAUAUUGUGCGCCUGGGUCAGGACCUGACGAACCUAUCAACGACACCCUGAUGAUGACUGGGUUGUGA